CUUCACUCUAGCGCAGGCCGUGCACUUCCGAAGUGGGACAUUUUCAUACCGUAAAUAAAGAUUUAAGAAGAUUUGAAAAAUGAAUUAAUUCUCGAUAAGUUGUAUGCUCCUCAGCUUAUCCAUCAUUUCGUCUCGCCAAAAAGGCCAGGAACACCAUCUCCUCCAUUGCCAACAAUGUCUCCUCCUAUCGCCGGCGGUAAGCACCGCGAAUCUGCACAAGCCCGUUUGUUGGGAUCAGGUCUUUCUGGCGUUGCGGAAUUGAUCGUUUUCCAUCCUGUGGACACUGUUGCGAAGAGAUUGAUGAGUAACAAGGACAAAUCAGCAAAGAUGGCUCAAGUGAUCUUCAAGGAUAAAGCAUCUGCUCCUCUUGGUACAAAGGCUUUAUCAUUAUUCCCUGGUCUUGGAUAUGCUGCAGGUUACAAAAUUCUACAAAGAAUCUACAAGUUUGGAGGGCAACCUUACUUUAACGAUUACCUCACAAACAACCACAGAAAGUUCUUCGUCGACACAUUCGGAGAGAGAAAUGGAAAGAGUAUGAUGUCUGCAACAGCUGGAAGUCUAACCGGUAUCGGUGAAAUCGUUCUUCUACCGCUUGAUGUGUUGAAGAUCAAGAGACAAACAAACCCUGAAGCAUUCCGAUCACGUGGAUUUUUGAAAAUUGUUGGAGAUGAAGGUUUCUCUUUGUACAGAGGAUGGGGAUGGACAGCAGCACGUAAUGCACCAGGAUCGUUUGCAUUAUUCGGAGGAAGUGCAUUCACGAAAGAAUACCUUUUCGGACUUGAAGAUUUCGGUAAAGCAACAUGGUCUCAAAACUUUGUUGCCAGUAUUGGAGGAGCAGUUGCUUCAAUUACCGUUUCUGCACCUUUGGAUGUGGUCAAAACCCGUAUUCAAAAUGCAAACUUUGAAACAAACACAGGUGGUGUAACAAUUAUGAAGGAGAUGAUCAAGCAUGAAGGAUUUUCGGCAUUCUUUAAAGGAUUAACACCAAAGAUUCUGGUCGUUGGACCUAAGCUUGUCUUUUCCUUCACCGUUGCACAAUCAUUAAUUCCUUUGUUCGGCAAAUAUAUGUAAAAGUGGUAGAAGGUGGACACGGGAUUCUAUACAAUAAUGGCUAAAACAUCAGUUUGCCAUCAAAACCACUACUCACCAUUGCCCGUUUGCUUCCAUUGAUAGGCUUCACAAUUAUUUGUGUUAUAUAAUAUGAUUCUAUUAUAAAAGGGUGUGUUUCUGUUGUUCAAUACAACAUAAUCAGAUCUUGUAUACACUUUGUAUAGCAUUCAGGAGAUCAGAUGCAUUAAUUAGUGUUGUGCAAAUAUUCAACCCAAAUGCAUCUUUAAUACAAAACGCCGCUUACGAUAAGAUGGCUUGGAUGUACGCAUCCGCGCUUGCCGGUUGUUUAUUGCCCCCGUGGAUGAGUCAAGCACAACCUAAUUUGGCAUCUGUUUUGCGUGAUGGAAUACAACAAACAGC